CGUCAGCUGGUCAAAUUUUCCGCGUCGAAAACAAGCUCCAUAAUUUAUUGCCGUUUGAUAGCCGUUCUGCGAUUGACUCGUAACGUACGCCUCCUGCCGAGUGAAGGAUGCUGAUGGGCACCGCCCUGGCAACACCUCCGACGCUGUCCCCUAAGGCAACAGGCAUGAAUCUAUCCAGCGUGUACGUGCUCGCCAGCCUGGCCGUGGUGUGCCUGCUCGUGAAGGAGACGCAGGCGGAGUACCUGUGCGGUUCCACCCUCGCCGACGUGCUCUCCUUCGUCUGUGGGAACAGAGGGUACAACUCACAACCCAGGCGGUCCGUGAGCAAGAGAGCAAUCGACUUCAUCUCGGAACAACAAGCGAAGGACUACAUGGGCGCCAUGCCUCACAUCAGGCGGCGCCGCGGGCUGGUGGAGGAGUGCUGCUACAACGUGUGCGACUACAGCCAACUGGAGAGCUACUGCAACCCGUACACCACCGCUCCAGCCACCGCCACGCCCGUCAGAACCACCGAGCCGCAGCCCGAAGAAGCAGAAGACGACCCCCUUGAUGGCAUGGUAGGCGACCAAGCUCCUCUGGGAUCUAUCGAGAACAUAGAAAACUUGGUCUAUCAUUACGACAGCGACGACAUCACGAUAGACGCGGCGAAAAAGGAGCCGAAGAAACUUAAGGAAAUCCUCGGGUCUUUCGAAGAUAAGAAGGCGAACCCCGUCUUUCCGUUCAUCAGACAAUCCAAGAACAUAAAACCCAACAAGUUUCCCGACAACUUCGCCCACCAAUACCCUACCGACCUGGUAGAAGAAGGACCAACCAACGAGAUACCGGAAUCGCCAUCACAGAAACCCACCCUGGAGCGUCUCGGAUACAAGCACAACCAAACGGACAAGAAACAACCAACAGAAAACAACAACAACAACAACAGAGCCAGAGACAAUAGAACCAAAUCCUCCACUGUGGAACCUCACACUGUACCAGAGUAUAUAUCAAAACAAUACACACAUAAACCGCUCAUCACGUUGCCGCGAGGUACGCCCAGAAGAAUAGAAUCCCGGGACAGUUAUCACUCAACUGAGCUGAGCUGAGUACACUCUACUCCAACUAAUCAUUCCAGUGUGCACCCCCCUCCCCUUCCCCAACGUCUAGGAGGCAGUUUCUCAAACCUUUCCAAUGGCGGGACUCCAUCCAAGCUUACGGCAGGCAGUAGUAGUGGAUCCACGCACAGAAAAGUAGAAAACCAAUGGACGCUUCACAACGCGUGGAUCACACACAGUAUCUUGAACAUUCCUGAUCGAACAUUUGUGUCGCUACUAGGUUUAUGUUUUGUCCUUAAUUAAUUACAAAGCACAGUCCAAAACUGGUGCUAUGAUCGUUGGGUUCUGCAAUGUAAUGGGGAGCCCAUAUCAACUGGUCUAUGCAAGGUGCUGCUAGUAUGUAUAGUGUGAUAUAAUUUAUUUUAGAUAAAAUCUAGGGACUGGACAUCUGUACCGUGUUGUAGGCAGACAAUAAGAGAUGUACAAUAUGUUGAAAACAAAACCAAAGCUGCUUGCGACCGUUCCACGUAUGUCAGGGGCAACGAGGCCAAAGGAAGCAAGGUUAGGAUCACGUGAAAUCUCGCGUGAAUCAUGUGAUCAUCACGUGAUCAAACUGCUUCCCCAUUGGUCGAAUCUCGUUGGUUGGAGUGACGAGGUCACAAUAAAAGAUGACAUGAAAUUA